UGGCUGCAGCUGCAAGCUGUGUGAGAGCCCCCGGAGCUCCAGUCGUCUGCUGUGUGUCUGAGAGAGCGAGGAGCUGGGAGCUGGGAGCUGUACUCCAUUCCAGCCAGCAUGGUUCUAUGAUGGAUAAUUUGCUGGAGUUCUUCAAGUAUGUACUAGGUGAAGUGAAUAAUGGGGAUCCUGUAGAUGUCUAUCUGGACCAGCAGAAGGCAUUUGACAAGGUGGUCAUUGCACAAGCCAUGCCAGUCGACAUUGCCACCCACCUGUGCCUGGGCCACUCACCACCGUCGCUGGGCAGCGUCCCGUCUCUGUGCGCGGAGGGUCUGCGAGGAGUCCGGGUGAGGUGCCUGGGUCCAAGGCCACUGCGGCCGUGCCUGAAUGGGAGGACGAGCGGCCGGGCCCCGGACGCCGCCGGCAGCAGCAAGGAGGAGAAAAAGAAGAAGGUGGUGUUUGCCGAUGCCAGGGGGUUCUCGCUGACCGCCGUGCGCCUCUUCUCCGAGCUGGAGGACGAGCUGUCAGAGCUUCAGUUUGAGCUGUCUGAUCUGGCGGCGCCUCGGCCAACCGAAGUGGAGAGCCUGGGCCUAGGCUCGGGCCCGUGUCUGGGCUUCAGGCCAGACUUCGCCCAGCCCUCAGCCGACUUCGCCGCCUUCCGUCAGCGCCUGCAGCGGGACUCCGUGUGCCUGGAGAGCAGCAUGGUCCAGGGGGGCCACAUCUUGGGCACGGUGCGGGUCAGGAACCUGGCCUACGAGAAGCGGGUGGCGGUGCGGGUCACCUUUGAUGCUUGGCGGACCUUCCGCGAUGUGACGUGCAGCUACAUGCAGCCUGAGGAGACAGCGGUGAUAGGAGGAGGAGGAGAGGAUGCCUUCUCGUUCAAGGUGGAGCUGCCCAAGCAAACCAAGCCCCUGGCCUCGGUCGAGCUGUGUGUUUCCUUCCAGUGUGGCGCUCUCACCUUCUGGGACAACAACCAAGGGCGCAAUUACAGGUUCAGCUCAACGGGCCGCGUUGACGGGGGCGACACCGCUGCCCAGGAGGACUGUCCGUCCCCGUACUACACUCGGGGCAAGACUCAAGAAGGGGACCUCGAACAGUUUGGCAGCCCCCGCUCGGUCAAUGCCAUCUUCUCCCAGUGGCAGAGUUGGGGCCGGCUGGAUGCUGACUGUUACUGGUAACGGGCCCUGCCCUGGCUCUGAUCAUUCAUUCGUUCAUUCGUUCGUUCAUUCGUUCUGAGUUGGGCCACUCACCAGAUCCUUCGGGUUGGGGAGCACUUCCCUUGGGCAUCUAACCAGGGGCUUUCAUCGGUGUUGGAAUGGACUUCACAGUGCCAGUUGGAAAGCCGCGUAGAAGGAUGGGUGCUUCCCAGCUCCUCUCGCUGUUGUAUCGCCACUGAGGGUGAGAAGCUCAACCUGUCACGCACCUCCUUUAUUUCCCCCACCUGCUGUCCUUGUCUGCCCUGCCACGUGGUGAGGAGGGGUCACUGUUUACACGAAGGGGCGGAUAAGGAGUGCUCCCCGCGAAUUCCAGUGCGUCGGUGUUGCAGGACGAGCCGAAAUUUCACGUCCCUUUCAGAAACGGCGACCGUCGGCAUCCGCCUAGUCUCGUGCGCGGGUCGCUUUUUUCUUGAGAGGAUCGCGACGAAUUCUGAGACCGCGUCGUCUUGCUGGUGGCGAAUGAGUGGAGCCUGCGGAUAUUUUAUUUCAUGGACCUCUAUUUUGUACUCUGAGACGGUAGGGUCCUUCGGCAGGCCCACCCUGAUUUUGCUUUUGCUUCCUGCGUUUGCAGCCCCCACCCCUGCAAGUUUGGACUGGGCCUGGUUUCCCCUGUGCCGAUACCAUUGAGUGCGAGAGUGGAAAAGCCCCAAAGGUUAGCCCCUUCCCUACCCCCAAAGCAUGUUUUCACACUCCUUCCCCAGUAAUGACUUUUGUUUUUGAAUACUAAAUUAUAACAGACUGAUUUGAGUCUCGAACCGUCUACAGCUUUUAAAGCGUCACUAUUUUAAGACACUUGCCCCUUCAGGUGUUGGAGGGAGGCAAGUGCUUGAUGACAGGGCAUCACCCCUGGGACUAUUCUUGGCUGAUGUUUGUCCAGAAUCCAGGAACUGAGGGAGAGAAGGGGGCACUGGAGCUGGUCCCUGACUGUUACUCAUCAUUUUUUUUUGUUUGGGUUUUCAGCACUGUAACUUACUGGCUUUUGAUUACACUCUGACAGUCUCAUUAGUCUCCUUGUAACACUGGGGGCCAUCGACAUUUUCUUUUUAAUCCCUACUUUUGAUUCCCUGACGCCUUAGACCGUGAAUGUGUUUGAGGUUUUCCCUCAAAAGUCCAAAGAAGUCUAUGCAGGUGAAUGUAAAAAUUAAGUCACGAUUUUUAGAUAGAGAUCUGCAGUUAGCAAAGCGAUGGAAGAGUUUGUUCUGGCCGUUCAAGCUUUGGGCGGUAUUGCACUCGUACGGGCCCCUUGUUGAAACUUGAUUGGCAGUCUUCAGGAAGCUAUUAAUUUGUCCGAAAGCUGACCCUGGACUCGAAUUGAUUUCCAAGCGACUACUUCAUAUUGAAGAUUCUGUCAAGGGGAGAGGAGAGCGUUCACAGAAGGUGGCUGCCUAGGUCUCGGCUGCCUGGCCCCUUGUUCCCUGUCCUAGGAGUUAGUACCUGUCCCUCGACUGCAGCCGUCACCGUGUGCCACCAAGUCCCGGCAGUAGACCAGAUUGAAGCCAUCGCAGCCGGGACGUGAUCCCGGCAGUAGCCACCGGGAGGCAGUGCUGUCACUUGUUCAGUCUCUGCACUGGUGUGCAGCUUUGCCUGGGGAUGAAUGUGAGGACCAAUAAUACAAGCCCUGUCAGUGCAGGGUCUGACUUCGCUCAGUUGGGACUCUGUUCUCUCAAACGCAUUCGUGUUGUCUGAUUUCCUUUGUUUUUUGUGGCUAAAUAAAUUGGCGCCCAAAUCGCCUGAAGUUAGCUUGUUUGACAAUUGACUUCCGAGCUGCAGACACAGUCCAGUUGAGAGGUGUGCUCAGCUGAGCAGUGAUAUCCUAAGCCUUUUUGCACACUGGUAGUAAGCUCCGUCCCCGGCUACGGGAGCCCAGGCUUCGACGUUGAGGGGACUGGUCAAAGACAGGAACCUUCCUUGUCUUGGCUUCCUGUUGAAGCUGUUGAUUUUAGACCAGAAGUGUGUUGACACAGAUUUUACGAGAAAGGGGGUUUCUCUGUGGGAGCUCAGUGUCCUGCCUUCACAGUCAGCAGGCUGUGAGGGAGAUUUGAAUGGGCCUCUUCAUCAAACCGUAUUACUGCUAGUGUAUUCUGAAGCAUCUGUUAAUGUUUGAUGUAAAUGUGCUAUUUUGUAUAUGUUUUAAAAAAAACAAUAAAGUUGAUGUGAAGUCAGAUUGA